AUGAACUACGUGGGGCAGCUUGCUGAGACCAUCUUGGUCACAGUGAAGGAGCUGUACCAGGGCCUGAACCUCGCCACCCUGACGGGCUGCAUCAAUGUGGUGGUGGUGAGGCAGCCCGACAGCUCCUUCCAGUGCUCCCCGUUCCACGUGCACUUCGGGAAGCUGGGUGUGCUGUGCUCUAAGGAGAAGGUGGUUGACAUUGAAAUCAACGGGGAGCCCGUGGACCUGCACAUGAAGCUGGGUGACAGUGGAGAGGCCUUCUUUGCCCAGGAGUCGGAGGAGAAUGAGGUUGGUGAUGGAGAGGUGCUGCAG